UGUCUGUCUCGUGGACAACCCUUUUGAAAUUCUCGAUUUCGAAUUGAGGGAAUCGAUCAUCGAUCGAGUGAGGCUUUGGGCUUCCCGUCGAAGAUCGAUUCGAUGAAGAUCUUAUCCAACCAAUUAUAAUUUGUUUUGUGGGUAAAAGAUCAUUUAAUUGUUUGUAGAUCUUGUCGAUUUGAAGGAGAAAUCGAAUAGGUUUCCUAAGAUGGCUUCUAAGGAUCAGAAGCAGGGUGGUGGCUUUUUCGCGUCCAUCGCUUCUAGCUUGUCCAACUUUGGAAACGCGAUGCACAAAUCUGUCAAUGGGUUGCUCGGUUACGAGGGACUGGAAGUUAUAAAUCCAGAAGGCACUGCAGAAGAUGCGGAGGAGGAAGCUCAGAGGGGAAGAUGGAGGCAGGAGGAUAGAGAUAGUUACUGGAAGAUGAUGCAGAAGUAUAUAGGAUCAGAUGUUACAUCAAUGGUAACACUUCCCGUCCUUAUUUUUGAGCCAAUGACAAUGCUUCAGAAAAUGGCAGAGUUAAUGGAGUACUCCACUUUGUUAGAUAAGGCUGAUGAAUGUGAGGAUCCCUACAUGCGGUUGGUUUAUGCUACAACAUGGUUCAUAACUAUCUACUUUCCGUACCAACGACCCUGGAAACCUUUUAACCCCAUACUUGGCGAGACUUAUGAAAUGGUCAAUCACGGUGGCAUUACUUUCAUUUCAGAGCAGGUGAGUCAUCAUCCCCCAAUGAGUGCUGGGCAUGCGGAAAAUGAACAUUUUACUUAUGAUGUGACAUCCAAACUAAAGACCAAAUUUUUAGGAAAUUCAGUUGAUGUCUAUCCUGUUGGAAGGACACGUGUGACCCUUAAAAGAGAUGGUGUAGUCCUGGAUUUGGUGCCUCCUCCCACUAAAGUUAACAACCUUAUAUUUGGAAGGACCUGGGUUGAUUCGCCAGGGGAGAUGAUUUUGACAAACCUGACAACUGGGGACAAAGUUGUUUUAUAUUUUCAACCAUGCGGCUGGUUUGGGGCUGGUCGGUAUGAAGUGGAUGGAUAUGUAUAUAAUGCUGCUGAGGAGCCCAAAAUAUUGAUGACUGGGAGAUGGAAUGAGUCAAUGAGUUACCAACCUUGUGAUAUGGAAGGGGAACCACUCCCCGGCACUGAACUGAAAGAGGUCUGGAGGGUGGCUGAUGUUCCAGAGAAUGACAAGUUCCAGUAUACCUAUUUUGCACAUAAAAUAAACAGCUUUGACACUGCUCCCAGAAAGUUAUUAGCAUCUGAUUCUCGUUUGCGUCCUGAUAGAUACACACUUGAGAAGGGUAAUUUAUCGAAAGCUGGUGCUGAAAAGAGCAGUCUGGAGGAGAGGCAGAGAGCUGAAAAGAGAAGUCGGGAGGCAAAUGGCCAGCAGUUUAUUCCAAGAUGGUUUGACUUAACUGAUGAAAUUACUCCGACACCUUGGGACGACUUAGAAGUGUACCAGUACAAUGGGAAGUACACAGCACAUCGUGCUGCUGCAGAUAGCUCCAAUAGCAUUGAUGAGGUUGAUGUCAGAUCUAUUGAGUUCAACCCAUGGCAGUACGGAAAUUCGCCAGUGGUAUGAUUUC